UAAUAAAAGAUUUCUCGUGCCUUAAUAAAUACUUGUUGUAUGCCUGCGAUUUCCCUCAGUUCGUAUUCAAUCCUUAAUCAAUCAACAAUGAAUUCACAUCGAGUUGAACGAGUUGUCUUUAAUGAUCGACUUGGCUAUGCCGUUAUUUACUAUAAUCCAAUCACUUCCGGUGGAGUAAAAGUUCCUCGAUCAGAGGACAUUUGUGAACGUCGUCGCCGUCAAGCUCUUCAACCAUUUGACGAUCCAAUUGAUGAAAAAUUUAUUGAUGAAAUAGAAGCGAUGGUCAGAAAAAAGGAAAGAGACGCAGCAUCAAAGGAAAUUGAACAUAUUUGUGAUGAGAUUAAUGAUUUAUUUCGUGAUGUUGAGCAACUAGAUUUGAAGCACCGUGACAUUUUAAAUUCUCGUGUUAGAGAGCAAAUUAAAGGAAAGUCAGCUAAUGAUAUUUGUGAUAUUUUAGUUAAGGACGUGCUAAAGCAUACAAAUCCAAUUUAUAAUCGUGUCAAACAAGAUACAUUUCCACAUAAAAUGAAAUAUAAAAUUUUAGCUGCGGGAAUUAAACGAGCUCCAUCACCACCACCAGUGAGGCACGCUAGACAAUUGUUAGAAGAAGAUCUUAAAGAAAGGAAUGAGGAGAAGAAAAAGCAAGAAAGUGCUAUUAAAAGAAUUAAAAAGUAUAUGGAUGAGAAUGUGAUGACGGAAGUUUAUGGAAGGAAAUACAAGCGAGAAAUUGACAGAAUCCAAAAUGACAUAAAACUUCUCAAGUAUCGGUGUACGGAGAAGCUUAAUUUUAGAUAGAAAAACUGAGAAAAACUUUGUGGAACACUACACGCGACAGCUCGUGUAGCUUGUUAUUUAUCCACAAUUAAUUUUAUGUCCCUUGUACCUAAUUUCGCUUAAUUACCAAAAAAUAUAAUCUUAAUGAUUUAUUAGUUCAUUUUUUGGCACUCUACAUCGCAUCUAUAAAUAUCCACAGAUGUUUUAUUACUCAACCAACUGCAAAGAAAUUUCCUGACAUGCACGAGAUCAGAAACUAUCAAAUUUUAUUAAAUCUUCAUUAUUUUAUUCAACUAAUAUGUUGUUUAUACCGGACCUUGAGUAAACUCUCUGUGUUGUGCUUGUAUUACGUCUUCUAAAUGAGAUAAAAAUUGAGACGAUUUUCUUAUUCCUUUAUUUUUUGACGGCCCAUAGUCAUCGCGAAGAAGAUGAUCAUAAAUAUCGUCUUUCAUUCGUUU